AUUUGCAAUUAAUUGAACAAUUAAUAAUGGCCACGCACUCGGUAAUGUCUGAAAUUCGAGCCCCGCCAGCCGGAAUUGUCCCGCACCUGAAGCCAUGGGAGGUGAUUACUUGGUCCCAAGAGCAGCUCGGAGGCAUCUACUCGGACUGGGGAUUGAACUUUAGUCGCCAUCAGCGCUACUCUAACAGCAUACAGUACUUGAAUAAUUCCUUGUACAUCAACGCGGGCGACACGACUGCUCUGAUGAGACGCUGCAAGGUCAAAAGGAUGAAGGGCAUGGCACCCGAAGCCCUGAAGGACUGUACUCAGGCAGAUGCAAUACUGGGAUGGUCGCUGCCACCCGUUGUGAAUCCACACGUACGACUGGAGAUCUCCGAUGCACUCUACGAGUCGAACCGCUUCGAGGAUGCCAAAAUGAAUCUUCACAGUCAUUUGGGGCUGUUCAGUGGCGCCCAGGCCAAGCCCAGUAUCAACCGCUUGGAUGUGGUCGAUGAGAACUUUAAAGAUAUGUUGAGGGAUGACACCACACCGGCAGUACACCGUCUGCUCAGUCGCAUGGAAAGGCAUCGGGCCAGUCAGCCAAAGCCAAUCAAGGAUGAUUGCGAUGUUGUUAGCAUAUUGGAAACUCCGAAAGUAUUCGUCUCUCCACUGGAACAAGCCAGACGCAAGCGAUGCUUUAAUAUAUACAAUCAGACGUAUCUGGAUAAAUGCUGGGUGGAUAUGGCAUAUCUAAAGAAACUGCGCAGCAAUCCCAAUGUUCUGCCACAACAGGCAAAAAGAUCUACGCCCUAUUUAAGGAAUCUGAUGGAUACAAAUUAUGCAUCGGCGCGCAAUUUGACGAAAAUGCUUCAAGCACGUUGUCCCAUGUACGCUAAGUUUUCUCAGCGAUAUCCUAACGAGGAACUUUAUAAUAAACAAAAGGAGGAAAAUCUAUACAGAAUUCAGUAUCAGACUAGGAGAAAUAUGUUUAAGAUAUUGCGUAGCAUACGGCAGCUGAUACGAGUCGGUUCAUUAGAUAAACUAUCAACAUUUAUUGAGGAAGUUAUGGGCGAUUAUGUAACCAUUAAGACGCAUCGCACAAUGCCAUGGAAAUUUGAAUUCAUUAAUGAGGUCUACAACUACUUGGGCUUGGCCCGCAUUAAUGAAUACAAAAUUCCCAGCGAUAUGACUGUCUUGCAGGGCAAACAACGCUUACUGACGCUCUUUGGACUGCCCCAAGAAUCGAGCAUGGUGCCCAAAGAAAAGCAGAAACAAAGCAAAACGAUGAAUGUACGAAGAACCGACUUAACGGAUCCCAAGAGUGAGCUGUUCAAGAAACUAUCCGCUCGCUACGAGAGUCGCAUGAGAUUCGCCAAGUAUCCCAUAGAACGUGCUUAUCUGCUGCAUGAGUUGGCCCAAGCCCAUUUGAACAAUAAUUCAUUUAAUAUGGCAGUUUCUCUGGCGCGCAAGGCAAUGGAGGAGGCCACCAGAUGCAACAGCAUUGUGUGGAGCUUCCUUAGUCUGAUUGUCAUCUGCAAGGCUCACGCGAUUGUGGAGAAAGUCGAACAUCAGAAGGAUGUGCUCGGCGAGGCCUUCGAGUUGGCCAAACGCAUUAGGAACCUGGAUCUGUGUCUGUUUAUUGAUAUAUGCAUGAAGGUCAAUGCAGAGGAAUUAUGUAUCAAGAGAAUGGCAACAAGAAGGUCGGGCUUAAGGUCUGGUCGGGAAGCUUCUGAAGAGGGUUCCGAGUAAAUUGCACAACGAAAGAGUGGACACUAAAUGUCCGCGCGGUUUGAGCUUCGGGGCUAAUGCCUCUGACGGAUAACACGAAAAAAGUCACUACUAAAUUACAUAGACAUCAUUGUAGAAUCUGUAAAUGUGACAGGGAAAUAUAUUCCGUGUGUAAUCUUUUGUAA